AUGAGCACUGAUAACUCACAGAAGGAUGAAGGUGUUCCUUUGCUUUCCCCUUACUCUAGUAGUCCUCAACUAAGGAAAAAAAAGCGCAAUCAAAAAAGAAGGAAAGACAAGUUUGUUGGUCACUUGAAGUCAGACUCACGUAGACCAACACAACUGUUGCAUGAUAAUUUGCAACACAAUCAUGGCCAGGUGACUGAUUUUGAUCAGAUAGAUUCGUGGGGCAUGCUGCAUGAAUCUGAUUCUACGAGUAAUGACAUAAUAAAAAGUGAGGAUCCUUCGCUCAAGGGCGCGUUCAUUGAUCAUAGGCCCUCAAUGAGCCAACCCAGAGAGGGGCCCCAAAGUGCGUCAAGCGCAGUCCAGCCACAACCAAUAAUGAAGUUCUCAACGCCUAGUUACAAGAAACCCUCAGGAUUAAGACCCUCUGAUCCGAAUAGAUCAUUGGUAUCGGAUUUAUCCCCUUCAGAGCUAGAAUCGUGGUUGAAGAGAAGGAAAUCUGUUCAUAAGAGUUUUGUUGAUGAAAACUCCCCUAGUGAGAGAAGACAAUCGAACGCGAACAAUGAUGUUGUGAUCGAUGUUGAUGCGCUAAUGAACCACGUUAACAAUAAUGCAACUAAUGGGGUUAAUGACAACAGCAAGAGGAGAAAGAAAAAGAGGGGUUCUGAUGAUAGUAGCAACAAAAACUCCAAAACCACGUCCAGUGAUACAAACGAUGAGGAGGAUGAGUAUAAUUCGAGGCCAUCUUCUAGUCUUUCUUCGAAUAAUUCUUCUUUGGAUGAUGUUUGUUUAGUCCUCGACGACGAGGGGAGCGAAGUGCCAAAAGUUUGGCCUGAUUGUACUGUUUUGGAAGAAUUCUCCAAAGAAGAAACGGAGAGACUCAGAAGUCAAGCUAUUCAAGAUGCGGAAGCGUUCCACUUCCAAUACGAUGAAGAUGAAGAGGAUGGUACGUCAAAUGAAGACGGAAUUCUUUUUUCAAAGCCGAUAGUAACCAAUAUCGAUGUCCCUGAAUUGGGUAAUAGAAGGGUUAAUGAAACAGAGAAUUUGAAAAAUGGCCGUUUAAGGCCAAAAAGAAUUGCCCCAUGGCAUUUGAUCCAACGUCCAAUGGUCCUUGGAUCCAACUCAACCAAGGAUUCAAAAUCAAGAAUUCAAAGCGGAUUACAAGAUAAUUUACUAGUCGGAAGAAAUAUUCAGUAUCCUCCUCAUAUCAUCUCUAAUAAUCCAGAACACUUUAGGUUCACUUAUUUUAGGGUAGAUUUGGAUUCUACUGUUCAUUCUCCUACAAUAUCUGGUUUAUUGCAACCUGGUCAAAAAUUUCAAGAUUUAUUUGUCGCUUCUAUAUACUCCCAGGAUAGUAGUGCCGGUCAUAUCAAGACACAUCCAAAUUCUCCAACACCUGGUAUGAAAGCAGAAACCGUAUCUCAACUUCAAGGAUUGACAACCAAGAAUCCUUCCACAUUGUCAUCUAUGUCGGUAGCAAAUAUAGAGGAUGUUCCUCCAUUCUGGUUGGAUGUCAGUAAUCCUACUGAAGAGGAGAUGAAAAUAUUAAGUAAAGCUUUCGGAAUUCACCCUUUAACUACAGAGGAUAUUUUUUUGGGAGAAGUUCGUGAGAAAGUGGAACUAUUUAGAGAUUAUUAUUUGAUUUGUUUUAGAAGUUUUGAUAUUGUGGCAGAAAAGCAUGUUCGUCGGAGGAAAAAGGAAAAGCAAGAGUCCGCUACAUUGGAUCAUGAGAGUAUUUCACGCCGUAAGUCGCAAGCCUACGGAGCCACCAUGUCAAAUGAGUCAAAUGUAAAUAACAAUAAUAGUACCAGCAAUGCUAAUAGAAGCAAAUGGCUUCCAUCAAUUUUACGUUCACGCCGUCGGUCAUCUGCAAACAGAACAACCAACACAUCAUCAUCAAGCUACAAGCGUCGUGUCAAAAGCGAAAAGAAGAAGAUGGAAGAAAACGAAAAAUUCAAAAGAAAAUCAGGAGACAGACACAAACCACGUGAGGGUGAAUUAGAACCAUUGAAUGUUUACAUUAUUGUCUUCAGAACUGGUGUAUUGACAUUUCAUUUUGCCCCCACACCACAUCCCAUCAAUGUUCGAAGAAGGGCAAGGUUACUAAAGGACUACCUUAAUGUUACCUCUGACUGGAUUGCUUAUGCCUUGAUUGAUGACAUUACGGAUGCAUUUGCCCCUAUGAUAGAACUUAUCGAAGAUGAAGUCUAUGAAAUUGAGGAUGCAAUUUUGAAGAUGCAUCAGUCAGAUGAUUCUAGUGAUAGCGAUUCUAGUGAUAGUGACUCCGAUUCUGGCGCUAGCGAUGAGGAUGCAUUCCCAUUCGAUGUUUAUUCUAAAAAGACGUCGUAUUCUAGUGCGAAAUCCAGUGUGAGUUCAAGAAGUAUGAGCAGUUCUGAAGCGUCGUUCAAUGCAAAUUUAAUAGGUUGGAAGAGGAAAGGAGAUAUGUUAAGGCGGAUUGGUGAAUGCCGUAAAAGAGUUAUGAGUAUACUAAGAUUGCUAGGUUCCAAAGCUGAUGUGAUAAAAGGAUUUGCCAAAAGGUAUAAUGAACAAUGGGAAGCUUCGCCACAAUCUGAAAUUGCAAUGUAUUUAGGCGAUAUUCAAGAUCAUAUUGUAACGAUGGUAUCAUCGCUAAACCAUUAUGAAAAACUGUUGAGUAGAUCUCAUUCAAAUUAUUUGGCACAAAUUAACAUUGAUAUGACGAAAGUUAAUAAUGAUAUGAACGACGUCUUGGGAAAAAUUACCAUACUUGGUACUAUUGUUCUGCCAAUGAAUGUGAUUACGGGUUUGUGGGGUAUGAAUGUUAUUGUGCCUGGACAAUACAGGGAUUCAUUGACAUGGUUUAUAGGCAUUGUGCUUUUUAUGUGUAUGCUAGCAUGCUCUGCAUAUAUGUAUACAAAGAGAAGAUUCGGCUUUUAA